GUCAGGUGAUAGACGUCCAAAACAAAAAUAUUUUGAUGUGUCACACGACAAUAUAGAAUUGACAAAUGCACACAUUUUCGGAUUUUGAAUAGGUAUCGAUUUGUUUCUUGUAGUAUAAAUAACAUCGUGCGUUAUGAAACGGUGCUUUAUUCGAGUAUGUUCAGUUGAAGUUAAACAAAAUGUUGAAUGAGUAAUGGUGAGUGUAUAAAAUCAACUGUUACAACUUGCAGUGAGUUAGUGUUACUGAAGUGUCAAACUCGAACAAGAGGAUGACAUCUACUUUUGGUAAAGCUGUUAUUUGUCAUGCUGCCAGAAGACAGUGGAGCUACUACUGUCCAGUAUGUAGACAUUUGUUCACAACUGUCGGCAGAAAGCAUCGAAAUGCUGUCCAUAAGGCUCUCAAAUCAAAAAAGCAUCAUCAAAUGGGUGGGCCUGAAAACAGUGAUGGUCACUGGCACAGGAUUCGGAGUGGAGUCACAAGCACUGUGUCUGGACUAAGAUUAAGUGUUGGUAACUUGUCUAGAAGAAUGAGAAUGGCAAAUACCCCAGCAGUUGCAGUUAAUUCAAUUGAUGAUAGAGUGCAGGGCAGUGCUAAUGUUGAAGAGGCUUUGGAAAUGCAAAAACAGUUCGAGAAUGAAAAUAAUCAAGGGGCAAAUGUAGAAGGUGAACAAAGUGUGAAAGAUCAUGUACAUGGUGUCAAGCGUCAUUCUGAAAAAGUGAGGCAGAGUAUUAAACAUAACAAAGAAGAAGAAGAGCAUGUAAUACCUGAAUGGGCUUUGAGAAUUCUUGAAUCUUCGGAACUAAAUAUAGAUGAUGAGCACUUUCAUAAAUAUUUUCAAACAUCAAAUUCAAAACAGAGUGACAGUGGUCAAAACAAAAAUAUUUCCAAGGCAGAUGAAGGUGGAAGAAAUCUGUCGGAAAGACUUAAAGAAAGAAUGUCUUACUUCAGCAGAGCGAAGGAAGGCCCUCGUGGAAAAGAUACAGAUAGUGUUAAUGCAAAUGCAUUGGCCAAAGACCCACCUGUUGAAAUCAAAAUAGAAAUCAUACAGGAAAAUGCAGAAUCUGAUACAAAAAUACCAUCAAGUACUCCAUCUACCAUAAGAUUGACUGCAAGGUUCAAGGAAAGUAUGGCUAGUUUUGCCAAGAAAGGAUCAUCAAGAGUACCUGUAGUCACAGUAGAAGCAGAAUCUGAUGAAGCAAAGAUGGUGAAACUGAAAGAACCCAGUCCAAACAAGACUGCUAAAGACCAAGUGGAACAGACAUAUUUCCAGUAUGUAUGGAGCCUCCCACAAAAUAUUCAGAACAGUUUGGGGUUUUCAAAGGCAGCCCCACCAGUGGUAGAGGAGAAUGAAAUUGCAAAAAGGCUAAUGGAAGAAUUAAAGUCAGAUACAAAGAUCAAGCAGAGAACAAGCAGUUUAUGUGAUAAUCUAGUCAAGGCUCAGUCCAAUUUGUCCAAGAGGAAACGCCUGGAUGAGCUCUGCAAUCACCUUCUUCACUUCCCUCAGUUUCGACACAUAGCUGCACAGCACGGAGUUCUACGUGUUCUUAUGAAGAUGCGGGAGAGCAGUGAGAGUCCGGAAUUGGUUGGCCGAGCUAAUGAGACGCUGGCUCUGAUUGGUCAUGUCAACCCACCAAGGGGGCGUGGCAUGAAAAUGAUCUCUUUUGAUGGAGGUGGCACAAGAGGUCUGAUUGCCAUAGAGAUGCUGUUAAGACUAGAGCAGCAGUCAGGCCGGCCAGUCCACAAGUUGUUUGACAUGGUUAUAGGAAGCAGCACUGGUGCCCUGCUAGCGGGGCUCAUCUUCAUGUUGCGGGUUCCCCUCGCUGACUGCAAGGCGAUAUACCUGGACAGGAGCAAGACCAUCUUCUCCAAGUCCAGCUGGGCAAAGCAGAUGAAAAACCUUGCACAGUUUGAUGAAACUGUCUUUGAGGAAAUCAUUAAGAAAGAAAUUGGCGAGACAUCACUUUCAGCAUUGGCAAGGAACCCUGAUCUUCCCAAGCUUGCUUUGACCUCAACUUUGGGCAAUUUUGACAAGUGGCAGCGAUUUAUGUUCCGCUCAUACAACCUACCUGUGGGGAUGGUUUCUGACCACCAGGGCACCUGCAAUGCGCGUGCUUGGGAGGCCAUUCGGGCAUCUGGGGCUGCUCCACUGUACUUUAAGGAGUUUCGUCUUGGCAACCAUGUCUUUCUGGAUGGUGGUCUCCUAGACAACAACCCCACCCAUCUUGGUAUCCAUGAAUGCAAGUUGCUGUGGCCCAACGAAAAGUUCCAGUGUAUUGUCUCUCUUGGCAACGGGCGUUAUGACCCCUACCAGCAAAAGAACGGUCCUGGAACCAGUGCUUGGGCAACAAUGAGUGGGCUCCCUCGGGGAUUUAUCGAGAGCGCUACUGAUACAGAAACUGUCCACCAGAUCUUGAAGGACACGACCAAAGCAGGCAGCUACUACCGACUGUGUCCCUAUCUAUCUGAAGAUUACAACUUGGCAGAGGUCAAACCUGACAAGAUUCGAGACAUGCUGCAGGAGACCAACAACUACCUCGACCGGAAUGAAGCUUACAUGCAGACAAUUGUUUCCAAGCUUCUGGAGGAUAGGCAUCCACAUCAGAAGAUGCUUGACAAAGCUUCAGUCUUCUGGAACACCCAUGAUUAUUCCAAUCCUUGGAAGACAUCUUACAAGCACCUUACAAAGCUUGCCAGAUGAAUGUUUUUCAGGUUAAGUUAGUGGAGAACCCUGUUCUCCAAAUGUCAAAGAAACAGUAUUUUGGCAUAAUUGAACAAAAACACAUCUGUUGCUCGCACCAUGAUGUAACACUAUCACAUUGAUUUCUGUUCUUUAGCCAUUAUGUUUUGUCUUCAGUCAAUUUUUUAGGGAAUUACAAUACCAAAAAAGCAGUAUUUUCAUACAAAAGGUUUAAUAACUAGUGUAGAUAAAAAACUGUAACACUGUUUUUAUAAUAAGUAUUUGGAGGUAUAGGUUUUUAUAUUUUGUAUAUUAUUAAGAGCAAAUGUGGUCAUUACUAUGUUUGUGUAGGUAUACAUAUUACAUAAUUAUAAUUAUCUUGAAUAGAAAUAGGAGAGAAAAAAUAACCCUUGAAUUUAUUUUUUUACACUGUGAACGAAAUGUUAUUCUUUUAUGCUUUUUCGAUGAAAUAUUUACUUUAAUCAGUUAAAUAACAACUGUUGCAGUGAAAAUAUUGAUUUGAUAAAAAUUAAAGAGUUUCAAGUGGAGGUAUUCUUUGUGUGCUACCUAAAUAUGUUUGUCUUUAAGAUGGAAACUUGUAACACUGCAGUGAAAAUCAGGGGCUCAACACUAUGAGCGCAUAAAACAUUGAUCGAUUAGUACCGACGCUGAUUGAUUGCUUAAUACCAGAUUGAUUAUCACCAUGUGGCACUAUUCUCUAAAAAUAUAAUGUACAGUAGAAUAUUGGAAUUAAUAAUAAGUCUUUUAUCUUGUGUUUAACUAAAAAUUUAGAGCUUAAACAGAACUUUUAAUAUUAUUUUUGCUUAAGACAUUGUUCUUGUGUGCAUUUAUUCUUAGGUACAGCUUAAGAUAUUAUUAUGGUGUGUUUUUAUUGAGGUAUAGUAAUUAACAUGUGUUAUUCAUUUGAGUCAUCUAGCCACAUGAGCAUUAAAGGAAAACAGACAUUAAUUAUGUUCCCUUUAACGUAGAGUCACCCAAAAAUCAUCAACAGACUCUGAAGGGGCUGUUUGUAUGAAGUACUAGGCCACUUAACUGUAAAGUUUUGUAGUCUUUGGAAUUCAUGCAUGAAUACAUUUAUCAAUUUUGAUUUCAAAUGCUUAAAACAAGGUAGAAUACUACAGAUUUUAUUUACUGAUGCAAGAUCAUGCUAGAAAAUACAGAACAUGGGUUUUUAUCUUUGGAAACCACAUGCUACAUGUAUGUAUUGUUGAUACAUAUGUUGAUGUACAAAAACACAUGUAGGUGGAUGUUGUUGUUGCUGUUGUUGCAAAAAAAUCAUGUUAAAAAGUACAUACAAAUUUGUCCGACAUGUUAUUAUGCAUUUUUGAAUCCUAGCGUAUUUUAACUUUAAAAAUAUUUUUUAAUCUUAACUCUAAAAACUAAAUCAUUAACAAGGAGAACAUGUUACCAGUGUUCAUUUUUAAUGUUUACAUGUUCUUUGUGUUGUUAAGUGUAAGCCUAUGCAUUUGAGUGCUACAAUCAAUCCAUAUAUUUUCGAAAAAGCUUUUUAUUUGUCAUUGACAUUACUUAGUGCAUUCGUGUAUUUUGUUUAUUUUAUUGAUUGGUCAGAUUUCCCUUCUUGUUCUUGUAUAAUUGUAUGAUGUAGUUGUACCAUUGUUAUAUUUGCUUACUGGUUGUGAGUAAAAAUAUUCUGAAGGAUAAACCAUACAUUGAAAGACAAAGGAUUUCAAAAAAACACAACAAUGCCAAUUAUGUCUGGUUGUUUGAAAAAACGUGUUGUAAUUUUUGACUUUAUACUUGACAAGUUGAUGUUAAAAAAACAGAAGAAACAAUUCUUAGUACACAUUUGUAAAUUAACUAAAUGUAGAAUACCUGUAUGUUGCAUAAUGUUUUAUUUGUUUUAAUUUAUGUGUGUAACCCUGUGCAACUGUAGGACUAUUUAAUCCUUGGAAUACAUGUAAAGAUUGCUUUUAAAUAGGUUCAUUUUGCUUUUUUAUUAUUGUUAAUGAGUCAUUAUAUGAUUAGACAUGAAUACAUAUUAAAUAAGA